CGUCGGCGUCGCUCCCGCGCUGGGGAGCUAGGCCGGCUUCUCUCCGCGGGCGGCGGAUAAAGUGCCGGUACCCUAGGGCGCGCGAAGGGCCGCCAGCCGCGCGUCGUCGGCCGGACGCCAGAGCGUCGGGGUCGUUGUGCCGUGACAACGACGCCGGUGGCGGUCUCCGCCACAGCAGGUGCGGCCGCUUCAGCCCCUGGCGGGCUCGGCGGCUGCCUGGCGAGUCUCAGCUCGCGCCCAGCCCUUUCCUUCCUGGACCCGGCGCCAAGCAGCAACGCUGAGCCGACCGCCGGAGCGGCGGGCAAUGGCGGCCUCGACGGCCUCGCAUCGGCCCAUCAAGGGGAUCCUGAAGAACAAGAGCUCUACGACUUCCUCUGUGGUGGCCUCGGCCGAACAGCCCGGCAGGAGUGUUGACGAAGAACUGAGUAAAAAAUCCCAGAAGUGGGAUGAAAUGAACAUCCUGGCGACAUAUCAUCCAGCAGACAAAGACUAUGGUUUAAUGAAAAUAGAUGAACCUAGCACUCCUUACCACAGUAUGGUAGGUGAUGAUGAAGAUGCAUUGAGUGAUUCAGAAACCACUGAAGCCCUGACCCCAGAUGUCUUAGCUAAGAAGCUAACUGCUGCUGCUGAAGGCUUGGAGCCAAAAUACCGGGUUCGUGAACAAGAAAGCAGUGGAGAUGAGGAUAGUGACCUCUCACCUGAAGAACGAGAAAAAAAGCGACAGUUUGAAAUGAAAAGGAAACUUCACUACAAUGAAGGACUAAAUAUUAAAUUAGCUAGACAAUUAAUUUCAAAAGACCUACAUGAUGAUGAUGAGGAUGAAGAAAUGUCAGCGACUGCAGCUGGAGAAAGCAUGAACAUGGAAGAAUCAAAUCAAGGAUCUACUACAAGUGACCAACUGCAAAAUAAAUCACAGAGUUCAUAGAAGAGAUUUGUCCAACACUGUAAUUGUCAGAUACAAACCCUGUUACUAUAAUAUACUGCUUCUUGUUCUCUACAAUUCAUGACUUAAGUACCAAAAUGCAUACCAGUUACUAUAUAUUGCCAAGAAUUAAAUAACUUAGAAACUAAUUAGACUGAAAAUGCCUAAUUGAUACAUAUAUUCUUGUGCCUAGUACUUCACCACAAAUACAGCAUAAUGUCAUCAGUCCAAAACUGCAUUACUUUUGUAAGAACACUGGUUAAUUUGUAUAAGAUAUAUAGCUUUUUAUGCUUUAGAAGUUAAACAGUAUCUUUUUUGGGGGGGAAUCUAAUUUAUUUUCUUCACUUCUAGAUGUGAUAGCUCUUAUAAAAAGUUGGGAUUUUUUAAAAGAUCAAAAUCCAGUUGGAACAACAGAUUACAUAGGCUGAUAAAUAUUCAGUCUGAAAAGUAUUUUAACACGUGUCUUCAGCUUGUUUGUUUAAUUGAAAAAGAUUAUAUUAGAAAAGUUACUGUUGCAUUUUCUGGCAUACUACCUUUAAAAUUCCUGUUGAGUUUCUUUCAUGUUUACAAGGAAAGGAUUAAACUUUUUCUCAUCAAAACUAGCUUUUUCCACAAAUAAAUUAUCAGGUUAAACUUGCACUAAUGUCUGCUCUGAUUUUUUUUUUUGUAUGCUCAGUGGGCAGACUUCAGAUCAGUUUUUUAAAUAAAUACAAUUCUUACAUAGUCUCAGCAUUCCCUUAAUAUACCUGUCUUAACCUCCUGCCUUUAUUUCUUACUCCUUUCCACACAUACGCACACAAUCCUUGACCUUUAUAAAGGAGUAUUAAGAUUGUCAUGACAUUAGGAACUCUUCUUUCUCUCACAUAUUCUGUCAUCUGCUGCAACGAUGAAAAUCUUAUUUUGACUGUCAAUGCCUAUUAGUUCUAAUACUUGGAGAAAAUAGAUUGAAUAGCAGCAGUGCUACAGACAGGAAGUACAAUUCAACUGCAGAAUUUCUACACCUCUGAUUUACAGCUCGCUAAUUAAAGUGCUAUUAUUAGUUUAUUGUCUGACUUAAUUAAACCUUAGAAAACAACCAUCUGAGGUUUUUUUGUUUUGCAUGAUGAGAGAAUUGUGUGUAACCAGUGAUAUGAUGAUAGUUCCUGAAUGUAUAGACAGAAGUAAGCCUGAACACUUUUUAAUUUAAAAAUAGUCCCUGCUCAAAGGGAAUAUGAUAACGUAUACUAUGACAAAUGUACUUUAUUCUUCUAACACAGUAAGAUUUGGACUUUUUCCCUGAAAUGAAUACAAUUCUUGUGUAUCUGGUUUAGUGAUGGUUUCAUUUCUAGUCAGUUAUUUCUAUCUUUUUUGUUAGUACCAAAAGAAUCCAUUAUAUGAACAGACUAAAUAAUUUCUGUGUAUUAUAUAUAUGAACUGGCUUUUAUUGAGCAGCUUAUCUUCCACUUGCAAGUUUAUGGAAAUAUCAAUAUGUCAAAAUAAAAGUGGAAGAAUUCUUUGCUGUUAGAAGAAUGUUUUUAUUAUUUUGAAUGUCUUUUUUUCUUUUUUUUAAUGGGAUCCAGUUAGUACUUCUGAACUGCAGGUAUAGUAUUCUAAGUAAAGCAUAUUAGCUAGUAAUACCACUGAUUUAUAAACGAAACAGCAUUUAUCUCUGUUUUCUGAAUUUAGAAUGUUGAGGUAUUUUUACCUAUUUAAACCCAAUUGGGGGGAUUUAAGCUUAAACACAUGUGUGUACAUAUGUUCAUGCGUACAGAGCUCUGUUUUUGGUUUCCUCACUUUGAGUUCUUAGAAAGUAUCCACAUACUCUAUUUGUAGAAAUAGCUGCUGUACAGUGAAGAAAUGGUAAGACCUUUGUGUUUUCUACAAGCUGUUUCUUGAAACUUAAAUCACAGGCAAAUUCAUUUCUGGUUUCAGGAAGUAGAUAGUUAUGUCAAAGGAAUAAGACAUGGCAAAUAGCAUGCUCAGUAGGAUUUUAGGUAGUCAAAUAUAACUGAGUGAAAUGUUUUCGUCAUCAUGAGUUCCUAAUUGACAUGGUAUUGGACUAUACAAAAAAAUGAACCUUUAUGAUUCAAGUUAGAUUUUCCUUUGGAGAAAGUUAUCUGUCAAUGUUCAGUUCUAGCCAAGGUAGAUUUUACUUUUUAAUCAGUAUUCUCUGCUUAACUCUUAGUGUCAUCUUUCUGUUUGUUCAGUUUUCAGUCUGAAAUGCUCUUUAAAACCUGAGGCAUAAUGGUAUAUAAAUGGAUUGUUAAAUAUUUAAAGAUUAAAGCGAAGUGCCAUUUUUCCCUAGACUUUCACUUUGUUUACAUUUUUCCUUUAAAAUUAGUACAAUAAACAUAUUAUAAUAAAAUACAGUAGUAUGGCAA